AUGGUCGAUCUUAGCCAACCCGAUCUGAGGCCCCUAUCCGAGUUUCUUACAAGUCCUUGCCAACGGCCGGAUGUUGAGGAAGUCGAGUGUCACAUUGCAGGCCUAGAGUUUCGUGGCGAUGGAACCACACGUUACUCUAGGAUUGGCACCGACGAGCUUUCCGAUACAGCUUUAGGAUUCAUAGCGAAAGAUGCGUCCUCGAAUGCCGUUGGACUUUGUCUUCUUGUCGAGGAUAUUGGGCCUAGUGUCAUGGAGACCUUGGGUGGAAUUCUGGAUGUCGACCCUUAUUUCUUCUGUGGGCAUAUUGAGAGGAGAUUCGUAGAUAUCGAGAAAGACCCCCCAUCAUCUCUCAUGACGUCUAUUCCGUCUCGUAUCAGCUCUCAGAACUUCGCCAACUUUCACUACCAACGACCAAUCGAUUUAGGAGAACUAGAUGCGUACCCUAGUAUCCCACACAAUCUCCGUCUUCGCGGCAGCUCUACACGACCUCGUCGGGCUCUCCCAGAGCUAUUUGGAAGAUAUAUUGGACUUAUUCGCUCAUGCUUCUCUAUAUUGUAUAAGAGACUUGACGGUGAUCGAUGGAUAUGUUUAAUGUUGAUGGACUCUAUAUCAACUGAUGUUAUAGGUUGUCUUUCGACAAAGGAUAGCGCGCAAGAGGCUAGCUUCAGAACACGACAAGUCCCGUAUCGGAAUAGAAGAGGCAGCAUCAGUGGGAUGCCAAAAUUCUCAGAAUUCCGCAAUACGCCGGGCUUUAUAGACGUGCGGCCCAUUUCUAUGAUGGACGAAGUCGCAAGACUAUUAGAGGAUUGCGCAAGCGCGUCAACGAGGCCACCGUCAACUUACAACCUAUUCUUCUUAUCGACUGGUCCGAUUAGACUAAUUAUCGACGAGUGGCUAACAUAUUCGCUCAUUAUGGGCCGGUAUAUUAAAGUCUAUGAAUAUUCGACACAGAGCGUGCAAGAUCGUCUAACCAAUUUCGAAAGCGAGGACGUCGUUGAUCUAUAUCGGUGGCGGCGAAGGAGCCAACACAGCUUACACAAGCUUCAGGUUCUAAAGUGGUUCGUCGAAUCAUUGCUGAACCCCUCUAAGAGGCAUCGUGAUAGUUCCCUUCCUGUCGAAGAAGGGGAAGCUCUAACACGGGAUAUUAACUACAUCAUAGCCCAAAUCGAGCAGAAUGGAAAUGCGCUUGAGACGAUGAUACCUAUCAUGGCGUCUAUCAUUCAACUUCUGGACUCGCGUAGAUCAGUUGUCGAAGCGAUAUACGUCAAACGAUUAACCUACAUCGCCAUCGUAUUCCUUCCGCUUUCCUUCGUCGCAACUCUCUUCAGCAUGAGCGAUAAUUUCUCGAUCGCUGGUACUGGAGUCUGGAUAUAUGUGGCAACUGCUGUGCCUCUUUUAUUGCUAGUCUUGGUGGUCUCCGGCUUGCCUACUCAGGCGGCUUUGCGAAAGGCGAAAUUACUUUGGCGAGGCGGCGCGAGGCUUGCCAGAUCAUAUUAA